AUGAAGUCCCUCUUGUUGGCCGUCACGGCCUUAGUCGCCGUCUGGGCCGCGCCCGCCCCCGAACAUCUCACCGGACAAGCUCUUGUUGACUUCGUCAAUGCCAACACCAACUUGUGGAAGGCUGAGCUUAACACAAAAUGGACUCUUCCUCAGUUCAAGAAACGCCUCAUGAACUCGAAAUACGUCAAGGUCCCCGCUGGAACCCCCGAGGCUGCCUUCACCGUCUACGAGGACUUCUACAACUACAAGAGCGGAGUCUACCAUCACGUCACCGGACAAGAGCUCGGAGGACACGCCGUCAAGAUCCUCGGAUGGGGAAAUCUUAACGGACAAAACUACUGGCUCGUUGCCAACUCAUGGGACACCGACUGGGGAGAGUCAGGAUUCUUCCGUAUCCGCUCAGGAAACGAUGAGUGCGGUAUUGAGGACGGAAUCGUCGCCGGUAUCCCCAAGAAC